UCAAAGUCCUCCCGCAGCGUAAACAGCGUAACUCUUCCCAUUCUACAAACCCAGCGCGGCGUCCGCCAGGCAUUUGGCGUAACCUCGGGCCGCGGGGAACGUGUCAGCGGCUGCUCUAAGAGCGUAGCUUUGGGAUUCCCGGAGAGUUACGCUGAUUGCGCAGAUGCGGCCUGGUGUGCCGGGCAGCGGUUCCGGGACGGUGUGAGCGGGGGCACAGCGGUGGUGACGGGUGCGGUCACCUGGGUGACAUCAUGGAGGAUGAGUCAGACGGACAGAGCGCGCUUCCCCGGGUCGUGCUGGGGAGGUCGUUAAGCGAGCCGUCUCGGUUUGCCUAUGCCGGCCUCUGUGGCCUGUCACUGGCCCAGCUGUACCCAGAGAAAGAACAGAGGGAUUUCUGCUUGAAGUUUGUGGGAGACUUGGCGCAUUGGCUAGCCCUGUGCCCAACCGUCAUUCCCGCCAUGGAGGCGUUCGCCAGCGGGUUGGGGAGAGAAGGAACGGACACGUUCGCACAGGUUCUCCUGGAAGAUUCCGUCCUGAAGGCAAACCCGGCUAUUAUCACUCAGGAUCUGGUGUCUUUUUGCCUCCAGGAUGGAUACUACGAUGCGCGGAGCCGGGUGCUGAUCUCCCACGUCUCCUGGCUGCUGCGCGUUCCCCCGGAAACCAUGGAGGUGAGCGAGGAGUCCCUGAUGCAGAGCCUGAAACACUACACGGAUGAGCCGUCAGAGUCCAUCCAGGCCUCCCGCCGCAAAAAGGAGCUUAGGAAGAAGAUAAAGAGAUACCUGCUCAUUGGCCUGGCCACUGUGGGAGGAGGGACAGUAAUAGGGCUGACCGGGGGUCUGGCAGCCCCCUUAGUAGCUGCAGGAGCGGCCACCAUCAUCGGAAGCGCGGGAGCCGCAGUCUUGGGGUCUACCGCCGGCAUUGCCAUAAUGGCAUCGCUUUUUGGUGCAGCGGGAGCUGGGUUGACGGGUUACAAAAUGAAGAAACGAGUCGGAGCUAUAGAAGAGUUUGAGUUUCUCCCACUAACUGGUGGACGUCAGCUCCACAUCUGUAUUGCUAUCACCGGAUGGCUCUCUACCGGCAAAUAUGGUAGUUUUGCCGCCCCGUGGCAGAGUCUGUUCCACUCCACUGAGCAGUACUGCUUAGCGUGGGAGUCUAAGUACCUCAUGGAGCUCGGAAACGCGCUGGAUACUUUACUUAACGGCCUGGUGAACAUUGUCGCACAAGAAGCCCUGAAAUACACCAUCCUGUCAGGGAUUGUGACGGCUCUGACGUGGCCAGCCUCGCUCAUCACUGUGGCCAGUGUCAUCGACAAUCCCUGGGGGGUGUGUCUCAGCCGAUCGGCAGAAGUGGGGAAGCAUUUGGCGCACAUACUGCUCAGCAGACACCAGGGAAAGCGUCCUGUGACUCUGAUCGGGUUCAGCCUGGGGGCUCGGGUCAUUUACUUCUGCCUACAUGAGCUGGCGCAGGAGGCAGGUGCUGAGGGGAUCAUUGAGGAUGUGGUGCUGCUGGGGGCCCCUGUGGAAGGUGAUGUGAAGCGAUGGAAACCAUUAACGCGGGUUGUAGCUGGACGGAUCAUUAAUGGCUACUGCAGAGGGGAUUGGUUACUGAGUUUCGUGUACCGCAGUUCUUCAGUGAAGCUGAAUGUGGCUGGAUUACAACCGGUAAACCUGGAUGACAGGAGAAUGGUUAACGUGGACUUGUCUUCCGUGGUGAACGGACACCUGGACUAUAUGAAGCAGAUGGACACGUUACUGAAAGCCGUCGGCAUUAAGACCAAGGAGUGUCGGCUGGAAGAACAGAACGGGCUACUCCACCCGCUGGUGGCAUUCGGCGAGCCGUCUAAGAUUAGCCAGGCUGCAAACGGAACGGAUCCCGAGGACAACUGGGACUGGGAGCCUGUAACCACUGAUCCGCAGAGCAGUGAUCCGGCACCGCAGUCCUGCUGCACCACGUGUAGCUCUGCAGAGGAAAACGCAGCGCUCUGCGGAGACUGCGCAAAUAAUAACACCACCAGCACAACGGAUCCAGCACGCCGCAGUGUAACAGCCAGCAGUGACGCGUCUAAUUACUCCUAUGCAGACACCAAGAGUGAGCGUCAGACCCCGUUCAGUGUGGGAUGAUACUGAGUAGACUGUGAUGUCCUAGCAGGCACCGUGGCCCACUUACUGGCCACUUACCGGACGCCGGGAGCCACCGUAACUCGGGUCAUUCUGACAUGAGACUGUAUCUGACAAUGUGACAUCUCUAUUGCACAAUCUCGCUCAAUCACUGGCUACGUUCUGCGGUACGGAGAUUGUACAUGGCUCCGAGACUUGAAAGUAUUUCUAUAUAGCUAUGCUCCCUAUUAACCCCUCCCCCGGCGAUCUAUCUAUAAAUCCGCAAUAAAUGACAUGGUACUGAGA